AUGGCUGCAUCGCGAUGUCUAUUUUCCAAAGUUGUCCGGUCGUCCUCAAAAGGCCCGUACAAACUUUCAGCUCUUCUCACAAGGGCUCCGAGUCGUAAAUUUCGCGAAAUUUGUGAUGAUGUGAGUUCCGCUUCCAAUAAGAAAAUGUCAACUGAAGAAGUUAAUUCGCGGAUUUAUGAAAGCGAAUUCUAUUGCUUUCCAGACGACCAUGGUAUUGGUUUUACUGCGAAUCAGCUGGAUGUGAACCGACCUGUGGAAGAUAGAUGGUCGGCCUUUCGGUUGGGUGGAACAAUGCGGUUUGAGAAUCAGGAGGGUUUCUACGAUUCCUCGCACCCAAUGGCGCCGUAUGCGGAUGAUUUUCCUGGUGGCCAUCUCUUCACGGUAGUGGAUGGACAUGCCGGCCAUACUUGUGCCCACGCUGUCAAUAUGCUUCAUGCCGACUACAUCACUGCCUCCCUACUACCACAGCAAAUCCUGAAACCUAUCUACACGGCUCUUUCUAAACCCAUUUUGAUGAACGCGCCUCCUCAGUGGCACAUAGAAGUGCCUCCACUAAUUCGCCUUCUUCAAUCCCUGUGCUUGCACGGAUCUGCACUGUUUUCCAAGUGCCGUCGCACCAUUCGACGGGCAAUAUUGGAGGAAGCAUACCCCUUGACCUCCAGACCGAGUUUUGACAAAUUACCUCCGCUGACAAUUGCUUCUCUCUCAUUCCAUAUUCGCGCAAUCUCCGCGACUAAGCAAAACUUCCCUCAUUCUACAUUAUGGACUCCAUAUUGCACUCGAGCUCUCAAAUUCACACUCAUCGACCCAUCUAUCUACCCCGCUACUCCACAGUGCACAAAUGAACGUGAACGCGAUGCCAUUGAAGCAUCAGCGCAUGUCAGACGUAGAAUUCUAAUCAAUACGAAGAUUCCUCCACUCUCUUCAUCUCCUCCUCACUUUCCGUACUCCUUGCAACCCAAUUAUAGUUCAACUGGUACAUCACCAUCAUCAUGCACUGAAUUUUGCUAUGUUUCAGUGACAGGAUUAAUUUUUCCGUAA